AUGUCGACCCGGAACCGCCGUGCACCGCCGUCCUCGGGUAACAGGGCACCGAUUCCGCAGAAUCCGAACAAGAAGGCCAUGGCGGCGAAGCCUCAAGUGGCGAAGAAACGAACGGCGCUGUGUGACGUCACCAACCAAAGAAAUGGGUCUCAAACUGGUCCAUGGAGCUCUGCUUCUUCUUUGAAGCCUAUGGUGCCAUGUACAACUAAAGUUGUGAAGACAAAGAAGGAAACAUCUACUUCCAUUAGUAAUCAUGGCCUCUCAGGGAAUGUUUUUCCUGAAUCACUGAAUUCAAAGUCAAGUGUCUUGGUUCCUUAUAGUGACACGUCAGUUUCAAGAAGUGUCGAGUCUAUUGAAACAAUUGCCACCAACCAUUCUCCCAGCAGCAGGGGUACUGUUUUUCCUGCUUCGAGUAGCAUAAUACAAGCUCUCAGAAGCAAGGAUGUCUCUCCAAGUAGAUCAGUUUCUUUGGAUGAGAGCAUGUCUACUUCUAACUCUGUGAAGAGUCCAGAAUUUGAAUAUAUUGACAGUGAGGACAUUUCAGAAGUCAAAUCUAUUGAGAAGAAGACAAUAAGCAGCCUCUACACUACAGACAUCCCACAAAUAGAAGGAAUUAUCCAGAAGAGAGAUGUAUUUACAGAUACAGUGACAGGAGAAGAAAUUGUUGAUAUCGAUAACAAUCUUACGGACCCACAGUUCUGUGCAACCAUUGCUUCUGACAUAUACAAGUACUUGCUUGAAUCUGAGGUAAAUAGAAGGCCCGCAAUGGACUUCAUAGAAAGGGUGCAGAACGACAUUGAUGCUAGAAUGCGGGCUGUUCUGAUUGAUUGGCUAAUAGAGGUUGCCGAAGAAUUCAGGCUGGUACCGGACACACUAUUUCUCACUGUCAACUAUGUAGAUCGUUAUCUUUCUGGCAAUGCGAUAAAAAGGCAACGAUUGCAACUGCUGGGUGUUGCCUGCAUGAUGAUUGCAGCUAAAUACGAGGAGAUUCAUGUUCCAGAGGUGGAAGAGUUCUGUUACAUUACAGACAAUACAUACUUCAAAGACGAGGUUUUGCAAAUGGAAUCUGACGUGUUGAAUCAUUUGAAGUUUGAAAUGACAGCUCCAACAGCUAUGUGCUUUUUGAGGCGCUUUUGUUCGGUUGUUGAAAGAACCAGUUGUGAGGUGCCUCCAGUGCUGUUCCAGUGCUUGGCCCACUACAUUGCAGAGUUAUCUCUUCUAGAAUACAACAUGCUUGGCUAUGCCCCAUCGCUGAUUGCUGCUUCUGCUACUUUCUUGGCGAAUUAUAUACUUUCUCCUUCAAAGAGGCCUUGGAAUUCUACAUUAAGACAUUACACAAACUACCGAGCCUGUGAUUUGUGUGAUUGUGUUAAAGUGUUACAUCACCUGUGUUGUAAUGGCAGCGGUUCUAACUUAGCUGCAGUUCGAGAGAAGUAUUGUCAACACAAGUACAAGUUUGUUGCCAAGAAGUACUGCCCUCCGUCAAUACCUCCAGAGUUCUUCCACGAUCCUAGCAACUAG